AUGGCAAACGCCGCCCACGAGGAAUGUUGGACAUGCCGCAGGCGCCGCGUCCAGUGCGAUAAGUGCGGUAUUCCUUGUUUGAAGUGUCAGAAUGCCGGGUUGGACUGUCUCGACAAAAGACCAAUCCGGUGGGUUCAAGGUGUAGCCAUCCGCGGCAAGAUGCAGGGCCGGUCAUUCGGUGGGUCGCCGGCGACUACCUCUACUAAGCCUCAACACCUCAAAUUCGUUGGUAAGAUUUCUCGCUAUUGCGGUUCUUGCGAUUUGUUUGAUAUUAAACGGCUGCCAUCAUCAAAAUCCUUUAACCCGUCAGUUGCUAACAUGAAAGGCCGUACAGACGGCCAAACAAGCCUGCCCAAUGAGAUGCAAGAUCCGAUUUUUAAAGACCUGAAUCCUACCAGCCACUGUUACAUCCUACUCAUGAUACGUGACAGCCAGGAAAAUCCAUUCAGACAGCUGAUCCCUUUGUGUUUACAACAUAUCUCGCUGCAAAAAGCAAUGCUCGCUCUCGCCGCUCGCCACUUUGCGAAUACUUUUCAAGCUUUCUCCACUCCGGCAGGCGGAAAAUUUCCCGGCUUUCACCACGCAAACCAUACCGCAUUGCUGUUCAAACACCAAGCCAUAGAGGAGAUAUCUUUCUCUUUGCGGAAUCCAGAUCAGUCUGAUGUCGGCAUCACCUUGGCCAGCAUUUUUCUGUUGAUUAUUCUUGACCUCUACGAAUCCGGGAACGACAGCUGGGAGACUCAUUUGGAGGGUGCGAAAACCUUUAUUGCCUCCAAUCGUGCCCUCUUAGACACAAAGAAAGCAAAUAGCGACAAAAUAGUGACCGGGGUAAUGGAAUACAUCUUAAAGCAAAUUCAUAUGAUCGAGGUUCUAGGGGCCACCUUUUCGGGCCGUGGAUCAGGCUGGGGUCCAAAGAGUAAUUUAUUUAAUCGUCCCGAAAAGACAGAGGAGUCUCUGGACCAAGUAUUUGUUGGUUGUCCAGGGAUUUUGGCUCGGGGAAUUGGGUUUCUAUCCGCUGAAAGAGACAUCAUCUGCAGACCCGAGCCAAUCGAAGCAGCCUCCGUGCAGGCCCACAGAGACUAUAUCACUUCAACAUUGGAACUAAUUCAAAGUUUCGAUUCACGUCACUGGGCAUUUAGCCUUUCACAGCCGGAGGGCCGCCCUUCGUGCGAAAACGCCAUAUACACUUUGUCGGAAGCUUACAGAAUCGGUGCUCUCAUUUAUGGUCAGCGAUUGCUACGUACCCUUAUGCAAGAGUCUCCUCCUUUGAACUUUGAUCUGGUCGACGAUCUACUUAGUAUUCUCGGUUCUCUGCGCAGCGCUCUUGAUUUCUUUAAAUGUGCCCUCUGGCCCAUUUUUAUCGCAGGCCUAGAGUGCAGCUCAGGAAGUCAGAGGGCAUUUCUCAGUGAAUGUUUAGAGAAGUUCUGGUUGGAAACACACUGCGUGAAUGUAAUCAAUGCCGCGAUUAUUCUUCAGGACCACUGGCUGCAAAAAGAUCGCGGAAUUUGGACGAAUUGGAUAUUUGGUAUCGGUUCCUCAAAUCGCGUCUGGCUUCUCAUUUAG